GCAAAUUCUGCAUAAAUUCUGGAGCAAACAGCUCGCCGCUGCCAGCGCCAGGCAGGAGCGCGAAGCAAUGCUGCUCGACCAUCGACAUCCAUCUCCCCUCAACUCCAUCCCAACUCUCCAUCGCAACACCUCUUCUAUCCUCGCCCUCUUAAACGCAUUCCUUCACCUCAAACCAUCCCCAUCAUGUCUUUUGACUGCGGCUUCGACAUCUUCCCCAUCCUCUGCCCAACCCCCGAGAACAAAAUGAGGUACGCCGAAUUCCUCGACGACCUAACAACCGUCUACAAGACCGACGAAGAAGCCCGUCUCCUCAUCCUCCCCUCCGACGCCGACUUCCCCAAGUUUUUCGACAAGCGCUUCGUCCACUUCGCGCUCACCAACAACCCGCGCAUCCCCGCCGACCCCAACAACUGCGACCUGUUCUACAGCCUGCGCAGCACGAGCGUCUUCGACGCCGCCGUCAUCGACACCAUCAAGGAGAUCUUCGUCAUCGCGCAGCACCAUUUUGGAAGCCGCGUGCACUUCUGGACCGAUGAGAGCGUCAUCUACACGAAGAGAGAGGUCCUCCGCUCGGAGUGGGAGGUCUCCAAGAGAGAGGAUGUCUCGGACUCGAAGUGAAUGCGAGAAGCGCGCUUAUUCUUACCCCGACGCUUCCGAUUACGCUAUGCUACUGGGGGGUUUAUACGCCCGCAUCUGCCGAUGUUGCACGGCAGUCGUGGCAUGGGCUUACUUUGGGUUGGGGCUGACGUUGGGACCGAAGGAAUGGAAAUAAGCACCAGUGUGGUUUACUUUAUUAGAUCAUAAGGCAAAAGUGACAGAUCAGUUCAUUCUGAUACAGGGAUAUCUCGAGCCAACACACAAACAAAAAGACAAGUUUAACCAUAGCGUGCUCCGAUACGUCCAAAACUCUAGCCAAAAUUCAGGGUGUCAUGUCUCGGUCCAUUUAGAGCAGUGCUACUGGGAACGCAUUAGCUUUGGCAUUCGGCUUGAAGUGAUUGUCUUGCUGACCUGAUCGAGCUUCCCAUGACUUGUAAGGAUCAGCUGGCUUUUUUGUAGGGUCGACAGAGCCUGCGAGCUUCCUCUGGAUCUUUUCCUUGAGUGAAGGUUUAUGAGGCGUUGUUUCAAGACCUGGUUUGUUAGUGGGGGUGAUUGAGAGGAUGUGGGAG